AUGCGACAUCCCUGUGCACAAAAGAAUUCAGUUCUCAUCGAUCAUCCAGUCAAGUCAGAACUAAAACUAAAAUCUUCAAUGGAAGCCUUUACGAAAGCUAGAAAUUUUUUGAAGAUUAAGUUCCGGUCAGAGAAGUCACAGACCUCGUUUAUUGUGUUUUCAGACUUCUUUAUGUCAGAAAAAAUGUUUGAUUUCUUUGGAUUCAACAAUUUGCCAUUGAUUCCAUCCAGUACUGAAAGUAAACGCAAAAAGCUGGUAUUCAUCGUUGCGCUUCUUAGUUUGAUGAUUUUAACAGUUCUGCUUUUGACUAGCGCGAUUAUUGGCUUUACAAAAAGUGGUGCUGUUGUGACUUUAGCUGAGAACAUUUGCACGAUUGCUGGCAUGACUGUAAUUAUUGUAAAGGUAUACUCAAUCUUAUACCUGUAUCGGACAAAUGUUGGUGGAAUUAUUGACACUUUAGAGUCUUACUAUCCAACUGAUGGAUGGAAUCAGCAAGUAUUUCAAGUGUCAAGUCAUUUAAAGGAUCUUAAGUUUCUCAGCAAAUUAGGAGUUUUGUGUUAUGUCCUUGGAUUUGUCAUGUUUAACUUCAUUCCUAUUUUUGCUCAACUUUACUGGCUAAUCACUUCCCAAGAAUUCGAGCUCAACCCGAUUUUCAACUUUUUCAUGCCGUUUGAGCAAAACCAUCCAGUUCCAUACAUGUCAAUCAACACAUUAGCACUUGUGUCUCAUUCUUCAGGCUUGUCAUUCAUUUUUAUGACUGAUUUGCUUUAUGCUGAACUUGUGGCACUGACUGCAAUGGAAUUAAAUAUUAUGGGACAAAUGAUGAGCGAGAUUGAUCCAGAAGAGAAUCAAGAAAAGGCACUUAGUGAAUUGAAGAAGCUUGUUAAGGUUCACGAGGAAUUAAUUUCAGUGUCUGAGAAAUUGCAGGAAGUAUUUUCGCUCAUUUUAUUCAUGGAUCUUUUCGGAAUCAUCGGAAUGAUGUGCACUUUGGCAUUCCUGUCAUUUAUACAGAGGAAAUGGGGAAAGAAAAAUGAUUGUUGGGUUGACAAAGAAGACUAUGACUUUCUUGACAAUUUCUUGGUGACUGAAGAGGUUGUGGCUGGAAAAUGUUUGAUGCUUGAAUGA